CUCUCGAAGCUGGUUGGGGGACGAGAGCGAACGUACAGACAAUCGCCCUGGCUUAACUUCGUGGGGGUACAUAUCGAAAAGCGUUUAACGAUUAAACAUGGCCACCACUUCCACCGAUGGGACAGAACAGGAAUCGUCUUCUAAAAGCGACCAAAAUCAAACAUUGGAAAAUGAGAAAAGCGAAGAGAAAGCGGAGGGCCAGGCCUCGGAACAGGAACCGGUUGGAGACGAGACUGUGAAAAUGGACGUGAACGGCGGAGAAGAAGGAGCAACAGAGGCGGACAAGAAACCAUCGCCCGCACCCGAAGUCUCUCCAGAAACUACACCAACAACUGUCACCCCUAAAGAGGAAAGUGAUAUGGGAAAUAAUAUGGAUUGUGACCUUGCUGAAUCCGGUAAAAGCCCGGCGGAGGGAAGCAAAGCGAACUGCAACGGCACCGGAGUCGGGACGGGGGAGCUGAAACAAGAACAAAGGGAAGAGAACGUGUCCUCUCCCAGCGACUGCACGAAGAGCAAAGCCGAUGAAUGCACGGAUAAAACCGACCAUGGGAUAAAGAGGCGAGCCAGUGUGGAAAUGUCUUCGUCCGACGGAGAGCCUUUGAGUCGAAUGGAUUCAGAAGACAGCAUCAGCAGCACCCUGAUGGACAUGGAGAGCACGGCGUCCAGCGGUCGCUCCACGCCGGCCAUGAUGAACGGGCACGGGGCCGCGGGGAGUGCCGCCCAGGCCAAGGGCAACGGCGCCGGCGCCUCCUACCCGUGCUGCUGGGACCUGUGCCAGGCCCACUACAACACCAGCCCCGACCUGGCCGAGCACAUCCGCAGCACACAUGUGGACGCGCAGCGCGGGGGGGUGUUUGUGUGCCUGUGGAAGGGCUGCAAGGUGUACAACACGCCCUCCACAAGCCAGAGCUGGCUCCAGAGACACAUGCUCUCCCACAGCGGAGACAAGCCCUUCAAGUGUGUGGUUGGCGGCUGCAAUGCCACGUUUGCCUCCCAGGGGGGGCUAGCGCGCCACGUGCCCACCCACUUCAGUGCGCAGAACUCGUCCAAGCUGUCCAGCCAGGCCAAGAUGAAGGAGGAGUCUCCCUCCAAGGCCGGCAUCAACAAGAGGCGGAAACUCAAGAACAAGAGGCGGCGCUCGCUCCUCUCUCCCUUUCCCGCAGCACGGCCGCACGACUUCUUUGAUGCCCAGACCAUGGACGCCAUCCGGCACCGGGCCAUCUGCCUCAACCUGGCCACCCACAUAGAGAGCCUGGGCAAUGGACACAGCGUGGUUUUCCACAGCACGGUGAUUGCCAGGCGAAAAGAGGAUUCAGGAAAGGUGAAGGUUCUCCUGCACUGGACACCAGAGGACAUUCUUCCGGAUGUGUGGGUGAGUGAGGGUGACCGUCCUCAGCUCAAGACCAAAGUGGUGCACCUCUCCCAGCUGCCUCAGGACACUGCUGUACUGCUAGACCCCAACAUCUACAGGAUGUUCUUCUAAGCCCCGAAUGAGGCCUGUGUGUCGUGACCUGCUGAUGUCCGCACCACAGCAACGAUGUGGACGCCACACAAAACCAGUACAGACAGCCAAGACCAGUGGUGUACUCCAAGCACAUGGUGAAGUAACAAAUCCGGGGUGAAUUUCUCAAAACCAAAGUUGCUUACUACAUUAGCUACUCUGUUGUUUUCAAUGCAUUUUCCCAUUGGCAACUACCGAAGUUGCUAACAGGCUAACAACUUCCCUUUUGAGAAACUCACCCCUGGGGUGAAUUUCUCAAAACAAAAGUUGCUUACUACAUUAGCUACUUUGUUGCUUUCAAUGCAUUUUCCCAUUGGCAACUAUCGAAGUUGCUAACAGGCUAACAACUUCCCUUUUGAGAAACUCACCCCUGGCUAGGUUGGCCUGAAGACCGUGACAAACCUGCUCAUAGAUGACCCAUAUGCAUCAUUUAGUUACGAACAUGAGGACUGACAUACAGCGCUCUCCUGGUCAACUUCAUCUGGUUUGCUACUGAACUCCUCCAGUACUCCUCCAGGAGAGUGUUUUUUGUUGUUUUAUUUUUUUUAUUAUUUGUAUGAUUUUUAUUUUGGUUUUGUUGACUUCCUUGUUUCUGUAUAUUUUUUUAGACAGAGAUUAUGUUGUUCUUUAGUUUGCCAAAGUAUGCAGUGACUUCUUUGAAAGACAAGUUGUUUGUUCUUGUUAUGUCAAUGAUUUCCUUAAACUAUGAAACUGGUGCUGAAUUUCUGUCCAAGGAACUCGUUUUAGGGAUGUUUUGUUAAUUAUAAAUGUUUGUAGUGAAAACAUAUAGGAUUGAAAGGAGGAUAGGGACAUCCUCCUCCAAACACAUUACUUUCUUUAUGUUUUUGUAGAGAUUUGUAUUUGUAGAAAAGUUCAUCCAUGUAAAUAUUUCUGGAGAUUUGUAAUAUAUUUUUGUACCAUGGAAAAGUUGUACUGUACUUCUGCUGUAGAUAGAUGUUAAAUCUCAUGCCUUGUUUUUGUUUGUUUUUUUCUCUCUUCUAUAUUUCUGCAUUUGAUGGAAAAACCCUAAUUGUACAUAAUGUGAUAAUAAUUAAAGGUAGAUUUGACACA